UGUCCAUUUCCUUUUCCGGUCUUGGCUAUGAACCGCAGAAACGUCGUGUGAACGCGUUAACUGUGUAUGUGUGAACGGCGCCAACAAACAGAAAGUUUUAACAGAAAACUUAACAGUUUGAGAAUUUCUCGCUUCUUAUACAUAAUCGUUUCUGUUUGAGUUGUACUACACAAGUCGGAUAAAGGAUACGUACAGAAGCGAAAGGAUUGGGCAGGAUAUGUCGCUUCCUAAGCGGGAGGUGGAGGAACUAAGGCCAUGGGUGGAGCGGACUGUGAAGAAGGUGCUGGGCUUCUCAGAGCCCACAGUGGUUACUGCUGCUUUGCACUGUGUUGGAAAGGGACUGGACAAAAGGAAGACAAUAGACCAGCUGCGUCCCUUCCUUGAUGACUCUGCGGGAGGUUUUGUGGAGCGUCUUUUUGAAGCUUUGGAGGAAAGCCGCAGUGCACGUGGCAACAAAGGAGGAGGAGAAAAGCACCGCAAGAGAGACCUCAAGGAUGUGUUUGGUGAUGAGCCUGCAACCGGUGCAGUGCGAGAAAUUCAGGAGUCAGAUGUGACAGCACCAAAGAGGAAACGGGUCCCUCGCUUCGAGGAGGUGGAGGAGCCUGAGGUCAUACCAGGACCUCCAUCUGAGAGCCCUGGCAUGCUGACCAAAAUGCAGAUAAAACAGAUGAUGGAAGCAGCCACGAAACAGAUUGAAGAGAGGAAGAAACAACUGAGCUUUUCCUCUUCUGUCCCUACUGCACCACUGGAAAGCCCUCCAGUCUCACGGCUUCUUGGCACAUCCGCUGCUGCAGCUGCAGGUGGUGGCUCAUCUAUCGCCCCCUCCCAGGCUGCCAGCUUCAUGAAUGAUGCUAUCGAGAAGGCCCGCAAGGCUGCUGAGCUACAGGCCCGCAUCCAGUCCCAGUUAGCCAUGAAACCUGGUAUCCUCGGAGCCUUGGGGAACACUGGGCCUCACAACCUAGUGGCACUAGCUAAUCUUCACGCUAUGGGAAUUGCCCCACCAAAAGUAGAAAUCAAGGAGGUGAACAAGCCAACACCUCUUAUUCUAGAUGACAAGGGAAGAACUGUAGAUGCCAGUGGCAAAGAGGUUGAACUCACACACCGCAUGCCAACACUGAAAGCAAACAUCCGAGCAGUAAAGAGGGAGCAGUUUCGCCAGCAGCUGAAGGAAAAGCCUGGAGAGGACUUGGAGUCCACGUCGUACUUCGACCAACGUGUGAUGAUUACACCGGCUCAGCGCGCUCGCAGGGGCUUCAAGUUCCAUGACCAGGGGCGCUUCGAGAAGAUUGCUCAGAGAAUUAGAACUAAGGCCCAGUUGGAAAGGUUGCAGAAUGAGAUUGCCCAGGCAGCAAAGAAGACGGGAAUCCAAGCAUCCACCAAACUGGCACUAAUUGCCCCUAGGAAAGAGAUUGGAGAAGGGGAGGUGCCCAACAUUGAGUGGUGGGACUCCUACAUUCUGCCCUACAACAUAGACAUAACACCCGACACAAAAUUUGAAGAGUUGGAGCUCUUUGGUGUGACCAACCUGGUAGAACACCCGGCCCAAAUUAGCCCUCCAGUUGACGCAGAUAAGCCAGUAACACUGGGCGUAUACCUGACAAAGAAAGAACAGAAGAAGCUGAGAAGACAGACACGAAGGGAGGGGCAAAAAGAAGUUCAGGAGAAGGUUCGCCUGGGACUGAUGCCUCCACCUGAACCCAAAGUACGCAUCUCUAACUUGAUGAGAGUGCUGGGGACGGAGGCAGUUCAAGACCCCACAAAGGUGGAGGCCCACGUCAGAGCGCAGAUGGCCAAGAGACAGAAGGCUCAUGAGGAGGCAAAUGCAGCACGCAAGCUCACAGCGGAGCAGAGGAAAGAGAAGAAAGUCAAGAAGUUAAAAGAAGACCUCAGUAAUGGUGUUCACAUUGCAGUGUACAGGAUCCGAAACCUGCAAAAUCCUGCAAAGAAGUUUAAAGUGGAGGCCAAUGCCAACCAGCUGUACCUGACCGGCACAGUAGUUCUGCACAGAGAUGUCAACCUUGUUGUGGUGGAAGGAGGCCCUAAGUCCCAGAAAAAGUUCAAGAGGAUGAUGUUGCACAGAAUCAAAUGGGAGGAACACAACAGUAAAAGAGAUGAUCCAGAUGGUGAUGAUGAUACAAAGAGGAACAACAAGUGCUGGCUGAUUUGGGAAGGCACAGCUAAAGAACGUAGUUUUGGAGAGAUGAAGUUCAAGCAGUGCCCCACAGAGAACAUGGCCAGAGAACACUUCAAGAAACACGGCACAGAACACUACUGGGAUCUAGCGCUCAGCCAGAGUGUGUUGGACGGCACAGAUGACUGAAACCUCCAUAAACGUCCCCUUCUACAAGCCCAACAGCCUCACAGUCAGUUGGCCCUCACUGUUGACUGACUGCCUUCAACUGAGGAAAGACGGACUAAAUCAAGAGACUUGAACAUAGAAAAGCAGGAAUAAAAAACUGUGUGGAUCUUUUUGCAAGACUGUGUGACAGAUGAGGGUGUGUAGGAUUUGUAUGUGUAUGAAUGCCUGCAUCAAUGUUCAUCUUGUCUGUAGGCUAUUCUGUCAGAUAUUGUGUUGUCUAUUAUUGAAUAAAAUCUGAUAGAUUGCUCUGUGAUGUAAAUUACUUA